AACCGGCCCAAGCUAAAAGUCUCUAUUAAACACUAUCAGAUUGUUAUGUGCGACACGAGGCGUUCGUAGCACAUGUAACUAUAGUUUCAUAAUUUUAUUAUGUCAUUACAUCAUUUACGCAAGAUGUAAAUAAUAGUAUUUACAUCACGUUACUAAGCAUAAAUUCGGAAUGUUCACGUCUUUUGUCUCCUGUUGUCAUUUUGCGUUGACAAUUGACAAGCCUUGACAAAUGAGUAGCGAAAGCUUGCAACGACGAAGGUGGAGUGGCCGUGGGCCAGGCUAUGCUUUUGCAGGCUAGAUGCUUUACUUUUUAUAUCACUUUAGCAAUCUAAUUAAUUUCGAUUGAACUGAAUUUGAAUAAACGUUUGCGUUAAAAAUGUAUGCUAAAAGUUUUGCAUCCUUUUUGAGGAAAUGGAGCAAAUUACCAAGAAACAAGCUGAGCUGUUAAAAAAAGGUGAAUUAGAUUCUGAUGCAGAUGUUACUGUAAAAACUGCCCAAGAUCUUGAGGAUGCAUACCAAGACGAAUUUUCAAAGUUUCAGUUUGCAGCAAGACAAACUGAUUGUGAUAAAAGGAAAGAUUUGAAAUCAUUGGAUAGAGCUCUUGAUAAAUAUCUAGUUCUAGUAGUAAAUCAAAAAAUUGGAGAUGAUUAUAGGUGGAUAUUGCCCCAAGGAUUGAGAGAGAAUGGAGAAACUAUGCGCCAGACUGCUGAACGAGUCCUUGCAGAAAGGUGUGGUACAAAACUGCAAGCUACAUUUUUGGGUAAUGCUCCUUGUGGUUUCUAUAAAUACAAAUACCCACAGUCUGUUCGAUCGUCUAGCAAAGCAGUUGGUGCCAAGGUGUUUUUCUUCAAAGCAUGGCAUAUUGGUGGCAAUGUUGAAUGUAGCAAGACACUUAUUAAAGAUUUCAAAUGGUUAUGCACAGAAGAUUUAAACAGUACUUUGCAAAAUGAUGUUUAUUAUAAUAGCGUUUCUCAGUUUUUAAUUGUUCAGUAAUAGUUUUAUGUUUAGUAAGUCGAGUGAUGUAUACUUUUCCUUUUGAUGCACAGUUGUCUGGGCAUUUUGAGAGGACAUCAUCAUCAUAAUCAUCAUCAUUUUCGUCUUCAUCAUGAGAGCGAGUGUUUGAAUGCCAUUGUGUGUAUAUGAGUAGUUUAUGUUUAAAAAUAAAAAAAAAAUUGUUCAAUUGAGAAAGUAUCAACAAUUUUUGAUACUGUAAUGGAGUAUUGCAUUUUAUUUCUGUGUGUAACAUAUCCAAUCUUUUCCAGAAUUUCUGUAUUUAUUCCACGAAUUCCUUCAAGAUGUGUAUUAUACACAAAAGUUUUCUUGAGCCCUGAAAUACCUUACCUCACUCCUUCACUAACAGUAGUUGAAAAUAAUAGUAACGAGCUUUGUUGACAAAAUCCCAUGACCAGAAAUGUUCGCUCCAGUGUGCUUGGUUUUGCUUUGACAAAUGAUCCACAGAUUUGUUAUAAUAGUCCUGUGCUCAAAGUAACGAAUCUUUAAACCUCUCGCAUCUAGUGAAUGAGGACUCAAGAAAAUAUGUGUAGAUAUGUGUUUCAGUGUCAACAAUUUAUCUUUCAGAUACAGAAGCAACUUUUUUUCAAAUGUGUUAUUUCAAGCUCUAAUGACUAAAGUUUAUAUUUUGUUUAAUUUUUACAUGUCUUCCACUGCAAUUGAGAAUCAAUUCUUCACUUUAGACAGCAAGAAGGGGGCAUCCUCCCCCCAUCUUAGGACAUAUAAAAAAAUGUAAUUAGACAUUUCAUUCGCAGAGUUUCACAUCUGUAUUAAAAAAUAUUUACUUGUUUCUGUAUUUUUAAAAGAAAUUUAAAAAUAAAUAAGCAAACAAUUUUAUGAAGCUGAGCUAAUAACAUACAAUAAAUUGGUAAAAUUUCGUUCAGUUUUGUGAAAUGCAGCGAAUUUUCGACAGAAAAUCUCUUAUUGCCGGGCCCUGAUAACGAAAACGUGGAUAAAUUCAAUUGUUAAGUUUAGAAAAAGCCUCUAACACAUGGUGUAGUCAGAUUCCAUGUUUUGUUGAUCCUUGUAACCGAAAAAUCGAUUGACGACAAAACGACUGUCCCAACAACGCUAGCGGCUUAUCCGUUCGUUCAUAUUCAAUUCAUCUGGCUGAUGGGGCGAUCCCUUGAACUUGAAAUCGAUAUUUUAAUUUUGGAGAGUACUUUACUUGAAGUCCCUGGGACAUUUCCAAAGAAAUGGCUCCAGCGUUUUUUAUUAAAUUGUGUUGGAUAGAGUGACAAACAUUUAUGAGAAUGGUGCAGUCCUAAUGUUCAUUGAAAACCAUAAUUUUUCGAAAAUUGGACAAAUUCCAUUUUUCGGCGUGAUAUUAUGAAGA